AUGGCUAAAGGAAAAAAGAAAAAGGCUAAAAAAAAAGAUGUGGAAGAGGUAGAAAAGAAUGCAGCAACAUUGAAUAGAAUAUUGAAGUUGUAUGAACAUUAUAGUUCGGAACAACGUGGGGUUACUUGUCCAGACGUUGUCAAACAUUUUCGAACACAAAUCGAUGAAGGAGAAAGUCUUCAAAAGACUUUUGUAAGACCGUUCGUUCAAUCGAUUAUCGACACAGAAUUAAGCACGUUAAAAGAAUUUUCUGUUUGGGGUUUAUGUAUGAAUUUGCUUGAUUGUGUCGAAUUGGGUAGAUAUCUCAAACUACCAAUGAUAACAAUUCAAAGUCUUUAUUUACGUGACUGCGCAAUUCAACCAGAUUCGCUAGAGAAACUCUCACCUUUCGGUGACGAUGGCUGUAUUGCACUUUGUCUUAAUCUAAUUCACAAUCGAACAAUAACAUCAUUAAGUUUAACUUAUUGUGAUAUUAGUGCACUAUGUGGACAAUACUUGAGUCGUUUACUUUUGAAUACAGCAAUUUCUGAAAUUUAUCUUGAUGGAAAUCAGCUUGGUUGUCAGGGUGCUUUGGCAUUAAUUAAAGAUUUACUACAUGACUGUGAAAAAUUUACAAUUGAGAAAUUAGACAAAUUACGUAUCGAUGAAGAAAUGAAAGCACAAGAAGAAAAAAAGAAGAAAAAAUCAGAUGAGCCACCACCAGUUGGACCCUUUGUAUCUAAGAUACAUUUAUUCGAUAAUGAAAUUGAUCAUUUACAAAGAGAUGGACUUAUUAAAAUACGAGAAGUAAUUGAAGCUUAUGCACGUUUAAUUGAAAUCAGUGAAGAAUUAGAAGAAUUAGAUUUGGAUGAAAACGUCAUUGGGAAUGUGUGUGGUAAUAUGAUACUCGAAGCAUUGAAAAAUCGAAAAAAAAGGCAACAAAGCAAUACCGUUCGUUGA